AUGGUUUCGACUCCUUUUAUCAUAGUUGUUAUCAUUUCUUUGCUUACCUUCUCUUCUUGUUUGUGUUUUGUCCUCCCCACCAGUAAUAGUACUGGUUUGGCAACAUGGUAUGGGAAUGAAACCGGUCCCGGUAGCGGAGCGGCUUGUGGAUGGGAGGAUGAUGUGAAAGAUCCUCCAUUGUCGUCGAUGAUAUCAGCAGGAAAUGCCAACAUCUUUUUGAAGGGCAAGGGAUGCGGAAAUUGUUUUGAGAUAUUUUGUACACAACCACCACAUUGCUCAGGCAAACCAAUUACAGUGACCAUCAGUGAUGAGUGUCCUGGGUAUUGUAACAAAGUACCUUUUCAUUUUGAUUUAAGCGGGUUCGCUUUUGGUAAGAUGGCAAAUCCUGGCCAAGAGCAGAAUUUACGAAAACUUGGUCAGGUUGAUGUGCAAUACAAAAGAGGAAUGUUGGGUUUUGGUAGGGUGCCAUGCAGUUACGGAAGUACAAAGAUUGCGUUUAAAGUUAGCCAGAAAAGCAACCCAAACUGGUUCGCAAUGGCAAUCGAAUAUGCAAAUGGGGAUGGUGGUUUUGGUCAUGUGGAGAUAGCUGCUGGUGGUACUCAAAAUUAUUCUGCAAUGGAUAACAUAUGGGGUGCAGUUUGGAAAAAAGACAUUGCUCCAUCUUACAAACCUCCAUUUUCUUUUAGGCUCACCUCUGCUGAUGGGAAAACCCUAGUUGCAACUAAUGUGAUUCCUCUAAACUUUGCACCUGGCCAAAAAUACUCAUCAACCGUAAAUUUUUAA